AGGCAGCCAGGCAUAACGGCAUGUAUGUGUAGGCUCAUCUACGACAGCCAAUAUAACCUAGCCAAGUUAUACAAUAUUUCUUUUCAAGUCAUUUCCAAACAGCGUCCUGUAUCAUAAUAAUAUCUAAAUAUGUAUACUUGUUUCUUUGUAUGCAUUGUAGCUGCUUCCGCUGUACUCAAUUCAUACCAACAAGCAGCCCAAGCGUGCGAAAAUGGUUGGUUUGGACCUGAAUGUCAAUAUAAGUGUCGCUGUCAACAAACGUGUAGCCCUGAAGGUGAAUGUCCUGGUCAAUGUGAUGUUGGUUGGUUUGGUUACAAGUGCCAAUAUAGUCUAGUGACGUACACUGCUACAACAGGACAGUCUCAAGACGAUCUUACAUUCCCUUUAAAUGACAACAACGAGAAUACUUGUGUUGCUAUUGGCAACCAGGCAAUUGUUAUAACUUUUAUAAAUAUUUGUUAUAAACCAUGGAUUCGUUUGCACACGCAGGACCCAGACCUACUCUACAGCCUAAAGAUUACCCUGCUAGACAAACAAAAUCAGUCUGCAGUUUUAACCUCCAAAGAAAGAUAUAUAGUUCAACAUGAAAUUGUCGAUAUCCAUAUUUUGGUUGAAAAUUUUUUUGUACGCCGUAUGAUAUUAGAAGGCGAAGCUAUACAAAGACUGUGCUCCUUGUGGAUAUUAAAAGGUCAGAACGUGGCAACAAAACAGAGCGUCUAUUAUAGUACUUCAGAUAUAGUUGGAAUAGACACAGGCUUGCCUCAAUACCCCCAAGCAACAGAUGAAGCAAUUACAUGUAACAGAAACGACGAUGGGGUCGCUGGCACUACCUGGCAGGUUGUACUAAAAACUCCGUUCCUUAUCAAGCAGGUCGACUUUUUUGUUAACGACUCAAUUGGUGGAUCCAGAUAUUUCACUAUUAAAAAAUUUGAUAUCUACAAUGCUUUGUACAACGUAUACAUCACGCCUACAGGGCCUUCAAAUAAUUAUUACGGCUCUGUCAGUUGGUAUACUACCCCUACUAAAGCAUUUACAUUUUCAGUGACAAACUCGGGGACAAAUACAAAUCAAAUACUUUUACUGUGUGAAGUCUUAGCUUAUUCAGACUGCAAUGAAGGAACUUGGGGUGUACAGUGUCAAAACACAUGCAAUAAAAGCUGCCCUACCACGUGCCGCUUUGACGAUGGUCUGUGCAAUGAUGGCUGCUUCGGAUAUAGUGACCCACCAAGGUGUGCAAAAGCAUGUGAAGCAGGAACCUGGGGUCUAAACUGUACGAAGAAAUGCAGCAAUCAUUGUUUUAAUUCAUCCUGUGACAGAAAUACUGGAGUAUGUGACAAAGGAUGUCUUGGAUACAGUAAUCCACCAGACUGUACUUUGGAGUGUGAAACAGGCUUCUGGGGUUUGAACUGCAUCAAUACGUGCGACAGAUGUGUUGACUUCUCAUGUAAUGGUAAAACAGGGUGGUGUGACAAAGGAUGUGUUGUUGCUAAUGAUCCUUCUUACUGCAUGAUAACGUGCAGACCAGGAACUUGGGGUGUAAACUGCAGUAACACAUGCAGCAAUCAUUGUUUCAAUUCGUCUUGUGACAGUAAAAUUGGUCUGUGUGACAGAGGAUGUUUAGGAUACAGUGACUAUCCUGACUGUACCUUAGCGUGUACACCAGGAACUUGGGGUGUAAACUGCAGUAACACAUGCAGCAAUCAAUGUUUCAAUUCAUCAUGUAACAGUAAAACUGGUCUGUGUGACAGAGGAUGUUUAGGAUACAGUGAUUAUCCUGACUGUACCUUAGCGUGCAGACCAGGAACUUGGGGUGUAAACUGCAGUAACACAUGCAGCAAUCAUUGUUUCAAUUCGUCUUGUGACAGUAAAAUUGGUCUGUGUGACAGAGGAUGUUUAGGAUACAGUGACUAUCCUGACUGUACCUUAGCAUGUUCUGCUGGUUCAUGGGGAGUUAACUGCACCGGUAAAUGCAGCGACAGUUGUGUUGAAUUAUCAUGUGACAGUAAAACUGGAUUCUGUAAACAAGGAUGUAUCGGUAACGAUGGUUCGUUACAUUGUAAUAUCAUAAUCAUGAAUAGUGAAGUAAUUUCACAACAGACCAUUGUAACUAUUGCAGCAUCAGCAACAGCAGUGCUAGUAGCUAUUAUAAUUUGUAUCAUAGUCUUAAAACUCAAGGGAACAAUAUGUUUGAAAAAAAUACGUACAAUACCACAACCUGAAGUGAGGCCAGAAGAAAACUUUGCGUCUGGUGGCUAUGUAAGCAUAAAUGAUAAUGGAGAGUUCAAUGCGAAUUAUGACAGAUUAGCAAUGCCAUCAACAGAUGACUCCAGUUUUGGAUAACUUACAAUACAUAAAGAAAGUGGACACGCUUUUCAGAAUCCUGUUUUAGGUACUAUAAUACGUGGUUGUUGAAAUAGAUCACCAUAUGAAAGGAAGUCUAACAAAAAAAAGAAACUAUUUAUCUUUGUAUUCUCCUUAAAAACCAAACUUGUAAUUGUACAUUGUAAACUCUCUUUUGAUCCAAUGGAUGUCUCAAUUUAAUUGUGUAUCUAUGUUUCCUGUAAUAUAGAUGGAAAGAAUUGGUGAUUCUCUGACAGAAAAAAUGUUUAUUCUUAGCAUCCAACAAACGUUCUUUAAACAAUAGAAUAAAGUGCGUGAGAAAAAGAAGAGAAAGCGAUCUGUAGUAACGUGGUGGCAAUGUUAUGAAAUAUAAAGAAAAACGUAAAAUUACGAAAAGAAGAAUUAUGGGAUAUUUUUUUUUUAAUAAAGAGACAAAGUUGGCAAUGUCAAGACGAAAAUAGAAAUAAAAAACCACUAUUGCCAACAAAACGACAAACAUUACUUAGUGCUUUAAGUUAAAGAUCCUGGAAAUGUAUAUCUACAGUGGCAUUAAGCUCACAAAAAUAAUUAUAUUGUUUUGCUCAUUAAUACUUCAGCAUUCUUUACUCAAGAUACUACAAAAGACUCGCUAUUUAUACAUUUCUAUUGAUGUAUGAAAAUGUUUUCGUAGCACAAAAUAGUCUUGCACAAAAACUUGAUAAUAAAAAAAAUAUUGCUACA